CCUCUCUUCCACCCUUCCCGUCAACCUCCAACCACCAUUUCUCUCUCUCCCCCUGCCUAAACAUGAGUGGUUUUAGUUUCAAAAGAUUUACAUUUAUGGUUUUUAUUGCCUUCCUUGUUUGGUCCUGGAGCAUUGAUACUUGCAAUGCUAGAAGGGGUAAACAUUGGAGGCGAACCAGAAGUGCCUCAACUUCUCUGUACAAGAAGAAAGGAAAGCACCAUGGCAAUAGUCAGCACCAUAGCAAUGGCAGUAGAUCAAAACCAAAAGCUCCAUCACCAAAACCAUCAUCUCCUCCACCUCCUAAACCGAAAGAAGGAAUGCCGUCAACCCCGCCAACCAAAGGUUACAACUAUGGUCCUUCCACUACCUUCAACGUGUUAGACUUUGGUGCUAAGGGAGAUGGAAUCACUGAUGAUACUAAGGCAUUCCAGGCUGCAUGGGUAGAUGCUUGUAAAGUGGAGGCAUCAACGAUCAUCGUUCCAUCAGAGUUCGAGUUCCUUGUGGGACCCAUUUCAUUCUCUGGUCCUUACUGCCAACGAAAUAUUGUUUUCCAGCUUGAUGGCACAAUAAUUGCUCCAACAAAUUCCAAAGCGUGGGGUUCGGGCGUCUUACAAUGGCUACAAUUUACAAAACUGGUAGGAAUUACUAUUCAUGGAAAAGGUAUUAUCGAUGGAAGAGGCUCAGUUUGGUGGCAAGAUUCCCCACUCGAUGAUCCUAUAGAUGAUGAAACAAAACUGGUUGUCCCCUUGAACAACAUGGAAGAAAAUGCACCCGUUCCGAUACGAACAUCACUGGGUGGAAAAAUGCCAAGCAUCAAACCAACUGCACUAAGGUUUUACGGGAGUUUUAAUGUGACUGUCACUGGCAUAACAAUUCAAAACAGUCAACAAUGCCACCUCAAGUUUGAUAAUUGCAUAGGAGUUUUAGUUUUCAAUAUGAGCAUUUCAUCUCCCGGCGACAGCCCCAAUACAGAUGGAAUCCACUUACAGAACUCCAAGGAUGUGCUAAUCCACAGUACCAACCUUGCUUGCGGAGAUGACUGUGUUUCUAUACAAACUGGAUGCACAAACGUAUAUAUACACAAUGUGAAUUGUGGACCAGGACAUGGAAUCAGCAUUGGAGGGCUUGGAAAAGAUAACACCAAAGCUUGUGUCUCAAAUAUCACUGUUAGGGACAUCAAUAUGCAUAACACAAUGAACGGAGUCAGGAUCAAAACAUGGCAGGGUGGAUCAGGAUCUGUGCAUGGAGUACUCUUCUCUAACAUUCAAGUUUCUGAAGUCCAAAUUCCCAUCAUAAUUGAUCAAUUCUACUGUGAUAAAAGUAACUGCAAGAACCAAACAUCUGCUGUAGCUCUAUCAGGAAUUCACUAUGAAAAGAUAAGAGGAACAUACACGGUGAAACCUGUGCACUUUGCUUGCAGUGACAGCCUGCCAUGUAUGGAGGUAACCCUAACUGCCAUAGAACUAAAACCGCUGCAAGAACAGUACCACCUGUAUGAUUCAUUCUGUUGGCAGACUUUUGGAGAGUUGUACUCUCCUACAGUCCCUCAAAUUGAUUGUAUACAGCUCGGAAAGCCAUCAAGAAACAGGAUUCAGGCUGAUCAUGAUUCAUGUUAAGCAUAGCCUAGGCAUAUUCCGGUGUAUUUCAGAUGUGUGGUCAGUGUGUUUCCUGACCCCUUUCACAUCAUUAUUUCAUUGAGUGUGUACCUAUUAAUUUUAGUUUAUAGGGAUUUUUCUUUACUAUGAUUAAAUAGAUUCCCUAGCGUGAGAGCCUAGAAACUUUGUUAGCAUUUAAGGGUUUGAAAGUAAUGUACAAAAUAGUAUAUAUAUACAGCUUCAUUGCACCACAUCUGAUAAAUAAAUCAACGUUUCAACACAUUUAAGUUUAUAAAUCGCAAGGAAAUAUAUAUGCGUGAUGACAUUUUCAUGUGUCG